AGGGGCAACGAGGGCUGCCGACCUGGUAUUCGGCAGAGGAACGGGGAGCAGGAGAAGCCGUCGAGACUGUUUUGGAGGAUCAACACCAUGACGGUCACGUACACCGCGCGCGUGGCAAACGCAAGGUUCUGCGGGUUCUCCAAGCUCCUGCUUGCAUGGAAGGGUAGCAUCUACAAAGUGCUCUACAAGGAGUUCCUUGCGUUUUUCGCCAUGUACACGGCCAUCAGUAUCACUUACCGAUUCUUUCUCCGUGAGGACCAGAAGCGCUCGUUUGAGAAGCUGUCCAUCUACUGUAACCACUAUGCCAGCCUCAUCCCCAUGUCCUUUGUGUUAGGGUUCUACGUGACGCUGAUCGUGAACCGUUGGUGGAGUCAGUACCGGAGCAUUCCGCUGCCGGACCGCAUCAUGUGCGCGCUGUCGGGGGGGCUGCAGGGUGGAGACGAGCGUGGGCGUCUGCUGCGGCGCACGCUCAUGCGCUACGCCAGCCUCGCCGGACUCCUCAUCCUGCGCUCCGUCUCCACCGCCGUCUUCAAGCGCUUCCCCACCAUCGACCACGUGGUGGAGGCUGGCUUCAUGACACGAGAUGAGCGUAAGAAGUUCGAGAGUCUGCAGUCCCCUUACAACAAGUACUGGAUCCCGUGCGUGUGGUUCACCAACCUGGUGGCAGUGGCUCGGUGUGAGGGACGCAUCAAGGACGACUGCACCCUCAAACUCAUCCUAGAGGAGCUCAAUAAUUUCCGGGGACAGUGCAGCUUGCUCUUUCACUAUGACAUGGUCAGCGUCCCUUUGGUCUACACACAGGUCGUAACUCUUGCAGUCUACAGUUUCUUCUUUGUGUGUCUGAUUGGUCGGCAGUUCCUUGACCCUGCCCAAGGUUACCCGGGUCACGACCUUGACCUCUACGUGCCCAUCUUCACCCUGCUGCAGUUCUUCUUCUACGCUGGCUGGCUCAAGGUGGCUGAGGAGCUCAUAAAUCCAUUCGGGGAGGAUGAUGAUGACUUUGAGACCAACUGGCUGAUUGACAGGAACUUUCAGGUGUCCAUGAUGGCGGUGGAUGAGAUGUUUGGGGACCUGCCUCUGCUGGAGAGGGAUCGUUACUGGAAUGACUCCAACCCCAGACCCCCCUACACGGCCGCCACACUCUUCGUGCUGAGGAAGCCCUCCUUCCAGGGCUCCACCUUCGACAUGACUAUCCCUAAGGAGGAGAUGCAUUUCCAGCCCCUGGAGGAGAUCGCUGAGAACCUGGAGGAGCACCGGGGGCGGAAUCCUAACCUGCCACUCAUAAACCGGUUGCUAAGCGCCGCGCCCUCUCCCAGCACCCUGAUGGGCGGGGCGCUGAUGAGGCGGACCUCUGCCCAGCUGCAUCGACUCACGCGCUAUGCUAGCCCCGCCCCUUCUUACUCCGAUGACGACGACGACGACCAGGAAGUGGGCGGGGACAGGGGUGGGGUGGGCGGGUCCUUGGGCUCGGGCCUGGGGCAGGACACACGGAGCGCGCUCUGUAGCUACAAGGGUGCGGCCAGCAGCCCAAACGUCGCCGUGGCGACGACGACAACGCCGAUGGUGAGGUUCGACGGGGAGGCUGUUGGGGGCCAAAGAGGAGAACAGGAGGAGGAGGAGGAGGAAGAGGAGGGAACUGAGAACGAGGUGGGGAGCAUCACCGCGGAAACAAGAACAUCAGUGCCGCCGCCUCUGCUGCCCCCGCCUGUCCGUCAAGCCAAGAGCCACGGCUUCUGUCGCCCCGGCAACAACGCGCCUUCCGCCAUCUACAAGACACGCAUCUCCUCCGCCACGGCCAAUGCCAAUCGCUCCACGCCUGACUUCCUGUCCUUCCAGUCAAUCAGCGACAAGGCUAAGGUGUUGACGCCUGUGUCUAAGCCAAUCGGCUGCAACAAAGCCACCGGCAUGUCACUGCUUACCGUCCCCUUGUUAGACACAGCGGCUGUUUCGGUUGGCAACGUUACCACAGCAACGCAGAGCUGGGCGACCGUCGCCGGGCAAGAGCCCCGGUCCCGCAGUGUCAGCGUGGGCUCCUCCGACGUGGGGGCGUCGCCCUCAAAGACUAUUGGCUGAUUCUGUCUCCACAGCAACAGCUGCUGUGACAUAACAACGGGCCGCCAUGGGUGACCCAGGACACAGAUCAAAUACUUAAGAAGGGACAGCGAAUAACCGAUGGACUAUACUAUACACACACACAAAGACACACACACUCAGACACACAC